UGACGUUCCAGCCAAAAAGUUGCACAUGCAAACCGGUUCCGGCUUAGCGCGCUAGGUAUAGGUGAAAGAGAAAAAGGAAAAUUGCUGCAGCGGUCUUGGCAAAACUUCAGGAAAUCCCAUACAAUGAGUUCUGCGAAGAGAAAGAGGCUUGAAGCAACCACCAGCGAGAUACAGUUAAAUGGAGUGCACGAGAAUGGCUACUCUUGCCGAAACGAGGUUGAGGCAAACGACCGCGACACCAACAAUGGCCUUUCUAAACAAGAAAUCAUAAGACUUCGAAACAAGCACAUAGGGUAAGGUAAUUCCCUUCGAAUAUUGCAGCUUGUAAACGUUAAUUAUUUUGUCGAAGAGACGAACAGUCGGUCAUUGUUAUCAUUAUGUAACAUACCGCCGUCUUAGCUUAGAGAACUCUAAUGGCCAAAGAUGCGUCGUGCUCGUAUUUCAAGCCUUACAUUGUGGUAAAAGUCCUAGAGUUUGCUUAUCGGCUAUAAAGUUAGUUCAGCGGUAAGUUGGAAACCGUACGUGACUGUAAAAAAAAUGUAGGAUAAACGUAACCUUUGAAAGAAAAGCGAACAUUGAUUUAGAAUUCGAGUUCAAACACAGUUGCCAUUCAAUCAGCGUAGAAGAAGUUCAACAGUUUGACGAGCGUGGUCGGGAACAUAACGUUGAAGUUAGGAACGCAGUGCCGGUCCGAUGUCUGCCCAAAAGUAAAUGGUAAUGAGUGGUGCUCUAGCUUUUAUUGGUCAUAUUGGUCAAAGUCCAUGCUAAUUUCCUAUUGUUGCAUCAUGCGUUUCGCUCCUGAUUGGCCAUUGAUGGGCCAUUCGAUGUUUUACGUGAUGUGGCCUUGACAAGGGGGUGGGUCGGAAUGAAGUGGCAUGAUAUUUUAAAAGUGACAUUUUCACACCCAGUGUUUGAUCUGAUAUGUGGACACUAAUGAAAAGUGAGAGUGAAAUUCUGAGUCAGCAAGACUCUAAACAUUUCAUGAUGCACACAAGGCACUGAGCAGAUUGUAAAAGUACAUAGCCUCCAAAUUAUAUGGAACAGGGUCUUUCUAACUAGAAAAGCAGAAAUCUAACUCAAUGAAAUGCCAGCAAGAUCACAGUGUGCUACUGUAUAAAUAUGACCAGAUUUUCAGAUUUUUUAUUUUUAUUUUUUAUUUUUUGCUUUAUUACAAGGGGUUAGUUCAUAGAUUACAAUAAAUUACAAGAGGAGGAAACAAAACAAGAACUUCAAAUAACAUGUAUAAAUCAUAAAAGGUGAAAUAUGUGCAGUGACCAAAGGAGCUGAAGGCUUUCAAGUUGUUUGCUGCCAUGUGCAAUUAACAGGCAUAGACAUUUAAAAUAAACUUCAAGUAAUGCACUAUGGGGAAUAGGAAAAUGAAAACAAAAAGUCGUACUAAUUACGAUUUUUAAAAAACAAUGGAAAUGAUUUUUAAUAGUGUGGGCAAAGAAAUCGAAUUACUUAUUAGCUAUUGAAAAGGUUGAACUAGUUUUGCCUGUUUUUAAUUCGCUUUUACAUCCAACAAAAGAUAAACAGGCAGCUCCAUUUUAUUGCUUAAUUUUGUCGAAAGAUAUUUUGUAACCCAAAUUUUAGAUCCUACAAAGAUAAAAGAUUUUUAUCCUGGUAGCUCCAUAGUUAUUGAUUAUACUUGCUGAAAGCGGUUAUCGAGUCCCAGUCUUAAGAAAAGUAAGGUUUGGAUUGAAAAAUCUUUUACACAUGUUGUAACUAUGGAUCUUGAAAGUAUAAACUCAUUAGUUUUGGUUAAAGUCAGUGAGAUUUGCAUGUUAAUUAUUCACAAUGAUUUUGAUCUGAGGAAGGCAGCAAUUUUAACCAAAACAUUCUUUGCAGGAAAGCCUGUGAAUUGCAUUUUAAGGAAGAGCCGAUCAAGAUUGCAUAUGCCAGAGGACAGUACAUGUAUGAUGAGAAAGAUAAUAGAUAUCUGGAUUGUGUCAAUAAUGUCACCCAUGGUAUGUGCAUGCCACCACUAAUGUACUUAGAAAAGUUCUAAUACAAUGUACUAAUAGGCAAAUUUCUUAUUCCAUGGAGGCCUUGGGUAUUACCAUAUUCCAAGCUUUGCAUUUUUGUUACAAUCUCUAACCAACCACUCUUUCCAUUAACCCUUUAAGUCCCAAUAUCCACAUACAAAUUCUCCAAACUGAUCUCUAUAUAUUUUCUUAAAGAAUGAGUUGAGAGAAUUUGAUAAAAGAUCAAAGCGUUUUCUCUUAGGUGAUCAUUUUAUUAAUUCUCAUGAAUAAUCUAAUCUCUUGACAAUGUAUGGAUAUUGUUAAGAGAAAAUUACUGUUGGCCACUAUUGCGACUUAGAGGGUUAAUUUCUGGUCAGACUCAUGGUUUCUCUCAGUGAUCAUGCGGAGAACCUCCAUUUAUUGUUUGAAAUAAUGAUCUCUCAAGAUUGUUCGUAAGUUUAAUUGAGCCCUUCAGAUCCAGGACCUUCCAGCAUGAAACAUUUUCCUUGUUUUCUGGCAACUCAGCUGCAGUUUUCUCAUGUCUGUUUGUCCUCUUGGUGAGAAGUUCCUUUCAUUAGCUUAACUUUUGCACAAAAUCAAGCACUCAUCUUACAUGUAGGCCAGUCAGGAAUACAACAAUUCAACACUUGAAGAGAAAAUUUGUAUCUCCGCGUGGCCAUGUAAUAUCCUCCAUAUAUAAAAGGUUAGGGAUAUGUUAAAGGACCAAAAAGAGCUAGCAGAUGUAUUUUAUGAACGUGAAAGAGACAAGAAAGCUCCUUGGUAUAGUGAUUUGUCAAUAUUAAAAAGAGGGUACAUUUACAGCAGUUAAAAGGGCUGAAAAUAUAAAUACUGAAAACAAAACAGCAAAGAAAAAACAACUUGAGGUUUCCUGAUAUUUCAGACGGAUAAGCCGUCCUUGAAGUAGCAUAUGAAGGGGGUACUUUUUGUCAGUAGAAGGUAUACAGAAGGUAUACAGAAGGUUUACCAUUUCUGUUAGGGUUUGGACCUUGGGGCAGAGCUUCCUCUUACAAAUCAUAUUGGAGUAACAUGGAUUUUUGUUCACCGUAUCUGUAAACAGAAGAAAACUCGGUCUUAGUCCACCUAACUUGUAUGUUUGCCUAAAAAGUGUUUGCAUUUUUAAUUUUAGUGGGUCACUGCCACCCUCAUGUCGUCAAGGCAUGUCACGAGCAAAUGGCAACAUUAAAUACCAACAGCCGCUUCUUGUAUGACAUUAUUGUUCAGUAUGCACAAAGAUUGGCAGCAACCUUUCCUCCUCAGCUGAGCCAUUGCUACUUUGUCUGCACUGGGUAAGUUGACUCUACAGCUGUUUGAUUCCUGCUUUGGACCAAAGUAGUGGGAGUGGUGGUUUUGCUUGUUAGCUGUAAUUCACUGUCACAGGAAGAGCACUAAUGUACUGCUAACCAGGCCCACUGCUUUGGUGUAGGAGAAUCAUUACAACAAUAAUUUGUUAUUGCCUCAUUAGCCUGAGCUUAAUCAUUUCUCACAUGAUCAAUAUUAUUUAUGAAAAUAGCAGCUCUUAAGAUUGAAAGGGCAAAGGCAGAAAAAAUAACAUUGUAUGUGUAAAAGCCUGUGGGCAGAGCACAAUAAUAACAACGACAGCACUUUAUUCUGUUUUUGAAAAAAAUAUAUUACAGCACUGUGACAACCUGCAGUUAGAAAUCAAGCUAGUCCAGGUGGGUCAUAAAGAAAGUGAAACAAAAUUUUCACUCGUAGUCAAUCUUAUAAAAGAAGUAAAAUUGUUUCCUACUCUAAUUCACCUGAAUGAGUGAUAGAUAAUAAUAUUAUUUAUCUUAAAUUAUUGUUUAAGAAUAUUAUUAUCAUGCAUUUUCAGGUCAGAAGCAAAUGAUCUUGCUUUAAGAAUAGCAAGACAGCAUACAGAUGCAGAAGAUAUGAUUAUAGUGGACAGGUAGGCCUAAAACGUUUAUGGAUGUCAGAUCAUAAUAUUUCUUUAGGUUCCAUGUUGUGUGGUCUAAUAAUAGGACCAGCUAGUUCAUUUGGUGGAGUGGCAUUUUUCUUUUGAAUAUGAGGUAUUUCUGUUCCUAUCACUGCUAAAGUAAUCACAGAUUUAGGGGGUUGCAUUCAGCAAGGGCAGACGUCCAGUUUACUAGUUAGUACUAAUUGCUAGUACUUCCCAAGCCAAAUUAAUUACAUGUAUGUCCUUUGAUAAGCAAGGUGUGUGGUGGUUGUGUAUCUUGUCUCCCUUUGCCUUUAGACCCAAUAUUAGAAUCCUGCUUUGUCCAUCCUAGUGUCAGUGAUCAGUUAAUGAGUACCUACACUGUACAGUAUGUGCUAUUUACAAUGUGUGUUAUUUGCUGCAUUAAUCCAAAAUGGAUCACAGUGCUGUAUCCCUGCAUGUGAUAUAUUUCCAACAUGCAUGCACCUCCCAAGGUUCUCAUUCACCAGUUCUCCACAUCAGCAGCACCACUGGGAACUCUUCAUUUCCACUACGUCUGAUCUCAGUGUCUGGUAAAGUUUCUAUAAGCCCACUCAGAGUUGGGAGUCUUGGUUGUCCUUACCCAAGAACUCGAACUUAGAUUUUUGUAAUAUGAUAAAAAAUUAUGACCUAGUAUUUUGAACUGCACUUAAAUCUUCUUAUCAUUGCCGUCUCCUCAUUUCUCAGUUUGUUGACCCUAAUGCUUAUUGUUGUGUUGUCAACAGAGCAUAUCACGGCCACACUGCAGCAUUAAUUGAUAUCAGUCCAUACAAGUACACAAAACUGGGUCCAAAAGGGAAGAAGGAUCACAUACAUGUAGCCCCCACCCCUGAUCCUUUUAGAGGAAUAUUUCAGGGUGAAGCUACCCCUGAAAUGGGAGAGAAAUAUGCCUUAGAGGUUAAAAAACUUAUUGAUCAGGCACAGAAAGAUGGAAGGAAGGUAAGUAAAUCUAUUGAUUAAAAGAUUCAUGUAUGUGAGAAAUUUUACUGGAGGUGUUGAUAAAAUUGAAUCUAAAGAAUUAUGGAUUAAAUAUUCAAGGACACAGGGUUCAAUUGAAUUGUUUUUGUUCCCGCGAACUGUGUUCAGAAACCUUUAGGAACAAAUGGAGCUAAAGAGGACUUGCAACUCUGUGCAAUUUUUAUGCUAUUGUAUAAUUGCAUAAUUCUAUAUCUUUCAACCUCAGAUCGCUGGUUUUAUCAGUGAAUCAAUGCAAGGCUGUGGUGGUCAGAUUGUUUAUCCUCCAAACUACUUGAAAGAAGUCUACAAGUAAGCACUGUAAAUAACCACGAGGAUUACUUUACAUUUUUUCUUAUCAUGGAAUAGGUUAUGUCGCUGAUGAGAGGUGCAUUAUACAUGAACAGUAAGCUCAUACAUCAGCAUGCAAUGAUUGCCACUAUCCAUCCUCUUGUGAGCUUACUGUACACAUGUAUGAGAUGCAAUGAGUGAUGUGAUUACAAACUUAGAGGUAGCUAGACCACACCAGGUCAGGGAAACGGCUUUUCCUUUUUAGGGGUCAUAUGGUGUCCUGUAGUCAGAGAUAAGCAUGGGAUUUUGGAAGAGUGUAUGUGAGUUUUUAUGGUUAAAGAAUCUUUUCAAUUAGUGCCUAGUUGUGUAGGAGAGGGUUACUUAUUUCAACUGAUUGUGCUUUGAUAAAGGCCAAAAGUCCCAGCACCACAUUCUCACCCAACAAUAUUCAUGGGUACUAAACGAAAAGUAUUCUAUAAAAAGUCGUACAUGUACUUGGAAAUUGUAAAGUUCUGAUCUGUGUGACCAAUCUUACAUGGUUUGGAAAUCACAUAAGACCAUAGUUAAUUAACUUAACAGUACUGCUGUGUUGUUUUAUAGGUAUGUGCGAGAGGCUGGUGGAGUAUGCAUUGCUGAUGAAGUACAGGUUGGAUUUGGACGAGCUGGAAAGCACUUUUGGGCAUUUGAGUCUCAAGGUAAGUUUGAAUUUCAAACCAAAACAUUCUAGGACAACAUGUUUUACUUGAAGUGUAACAGGUAAUGUGAAAUUUGUUGGAAGUAUUAAAAUAAAUUUUUAGGUUGCACACACAUAGCCAAAAAUAAUUGUAGUAAAGAUUUGAUUUUCCCUGAUUGAUAUCAAACUGAAUCAAUAACCUUCACCUCUGAUUUAAAAAUUUUUAAUAAUGCAUGCAGUUUACAUUACUUUAUCUCCAUUCAGGAGAUGUUUUUGUUUUCAUUGAAGACAUCACAUAAUCCUCUGUCACUUUUACUAAAUUACUUAUAAUAGAAAUACUUACCAACAAAAUUCCUGCAGACCAGUGACUUUUGAGUAACUGUAGUUUUAAAACAAGCAGUAAUUGCUUCAAUGCAGCUUCUGGUGGUUUUGCAUGAUUAUAACUGGUCAAUGUUAGGAUGUAGACCAAUUGUCCAGAGUGUGAGUAGUUGUGGAGUGUACAGUACAUGUACAGUGGCCUGCAGAUCAUAACUGUGCUUCUCCUUAGAUGUUGUUCCGGACAUUGUUACUUUUGGCAAGCCUAUAGGGAAUGGCCACCCCUUAGCUGCUGUGAUUACAACCUCCGAACUGGCAGAAUCUUUUGCUUCCACUGGCAUGUCAUAUUUCAAUACAGUAGGUUUACUGUCAGUUGAUAACAGGGUACAAAGAAAGUCAGUUUUACAGUUUGCCUAAAGGGCAAACUGAAGCUGGCAUACACUACCCUAGGAGCUCAUUUUAAUUAGCCCUAAAACAAAAUUUCUCGUGCACAGUAUUGUAUGAUUACAGCUCUUAAAUCUGUAAUUAUUUAAUUCCCCAAAAAAGUUCACUGGACCAAUGGCAAAAUCCACUAACCCCAAUCUAUUGGACACAAUUAAUUUUUGUCACAUGAUAAACAUCCCUUAACAGGGUCUUAACAAAAAAGAAGUCCCUCAUGACCAGACGGGGAUGCUCAUCGGAAAUUUUGAAUUAAACCCCCGUGGGAGACCGAUCUGGGCGUGGCCCAACCUUUUUUAACAACUAAAAGCGAUCAUUUUAAACUUUGAUUACAUGAAUAGAGUAAACAAUACAAAGUGAAAAUAUAUAAUUUUUUAAUAUUUCUUUGAGUGCAACACUAAAAAAGACCUUUCCAGCUAAAUAUAAUGAGUGUUUUGCCAGAACACCCUAAGUGAGACCAAAAUCUGAAAUUUACACCCCUAAGCGAGAUGACGAGCAUCCCCGCCCCCCUUCCCAGGUAUCCCCCCGGGUAUGUAUUCCUUACACUACUCAGAGUCUGAGAAGAAGUUAGAAGCAAGGUGGAUUUAUAUAUAUUGUUACAAAACGUAGAUGUGUCCAGACUUCUCCUCUUAAAAGAUCUCCUGCAGUUCAACUACAGUAAGCAACGUCUUCCCGCAAGUGACCACUAACUUUUCACAUUUUGGGUUGUUCCUUACGGGUGGUUUGACUGAACUGUCUAAUAAAGAAAAUAAUACUAAGAAAGGAUAUAAACUGAGCCUUAUCCAAAAAAGCUACCAAUGUAUAAAAGUCUUGAGUGCAGGUCAGACAUUUAGUAUUAAACUAUGAAUGACCAGAUAAAGAUUAUGAAAUAGUUAUGAUGUCAAUACAAAUUUACUUUAAAAAGGUAUUAUCAUGGAUGUUAAACUGUGUUUCAUUUUUAAUGUUUUAGUAUGGAGGCAAUCCAGUGUCUUGUGCUGUGGGGAAUGCAGUGCUUGAUGUUAUUGAAAAUGAAGAUCUACAGCAACAUGCUCUUGAACUAGGCAACUAUCUCAUGCAAAAGCUUAGAGAACUGCAGGCGAAGCACCGACUUAUAGGAGAUGUUAGGUAUGUUAUACAAGGAUUUGAAUCUUGACACCACAGUGCUUCACCUAGUUAAUGACACAGUGUGUUUGUAGUGCAGUCACUUGGACAAAUUGGACAGAUGUCUCAUUUUUUUUUCACAUUCUAUUUUGUUAUAAAAUCUUUCUUGAAUUUUUAGAAGAAAUGUUUAUAGUGAUCAAUUAAUGCCUUUUAUGAGUAAUAAUCUUGUAGCAUUUGUAAUAGUGCAGACACUAUUAAAUUAAAUGGAUUGAUUGAUUGAUUGAUUGAUUGAUUGAUUAUUGAUUGAUAGGGGCAUGGGUCUUUUCAUUGGAGUGGAACUGGUCAAGGACUUGAUGACUAAGGAGCCUGCUACAGAAGAAGCAAAGAGAGUUGUCUACAAGUGAGUUAAACAUAAACACUAUUGUAUUCUCUAGAACCAACAGCCAGAGCUGCUGGUUUAAAUUUCACAAGAAUAUAUAUAUCCACUUCAUGCUGCAACUUUCUUGGAAUGUUUAUUUGGAAUCAUCAUUCACUGUAAUCCAAUAUCAGUAAAGUUAGUCUAAGUGGCCCCAAGUACAGUUGUCGCACUGUAACCUAACAUUUUGCUUUCUUGAUUUUUCAAGAGCAAAGGAGAAUUUUGUGAUUAUCUCUGCUGAUGGACCAGACAGCAAUGUAUUGAAGGUUAAACCACCAAUGUGCUUCACAAAGGAAGAUGGAGACUUGUUGUUGUCUGUAUUGGACAAAGCUCUGAGUGAAGUUGAGCAUUGCUAGAAAAGCAGCAUGGGAAAUAGAACAUUCCAUUAUUUAUAUUAUAUCUUUUUUACCAGUAAUUAAAUAAUUAUGUUAAAGGGCCUGUGUCAUGGCUGGCUAGUUUAUGUUGUGUGGAAACCUGUUCGACUAACAAGUUUUCAAAAACUACAUCCAUUUCAAUCUACUUCAAGUUCGUCCAUCCAGGCCUCCUUUUGUAUUUGCUCGGUUAUUUAUUCUUUCUUUUAACGUUUUGAGUGGUUAUUUUUAUGUUUCACUCAGUGUGGUUGCGGUAAUUCCACUGUCUGAAUUUUGAUGAAUUCCAUGACACAGCUCCUUUAAGACUAACUUGGGUACCCUGCCACAGAUCCACAGACCGACUUAAUUGUGAUGUGAUGCAAAGCUUCCUGUGGCAAGUAAGCCAUUUGAUUAUAGUAUAUUAUAUAAUUUCCGCUGAAGAAGCCCUUACAAUUUAAGCUAAAGGUCCAGGGCAUCUACAGUUUCUGCCAAUGGGAAUUAGUAGGAGGACGUGUUUGCAGUAAAAUCAUAUGAAGGGAGACGGUAAUUUCCCUGUCCCAAAUGCACUGUUAGCAUGACGCUCGACCCAGGACCCUAGCAUUUAAUUUGAGACAAGAGGCCAUCUACGCCAAUCUUUAGAUAUGACUAUGGGUAAUAUUCUAUGGGAAAUGGUGUACCUUAAGGACUCUUUUACUAAGCUCUGUGGAGGUGAAGGACAAGAGCCAAAUUGUGGCUCAUCAGACUUUAUCUGAGUAACCCUUGAAGUGUUAUUAUUUAUUUUAUUCACAUGCAAUUAUGAAAGGGUAAAACUAAUUUUAUUAAUGGCCAAGAACGUAAAAUGAUAUCUUAUGAUGAUAUCUUAUUGCCAUUUUCGCGUACUGGUUUGAUUAUCCGUACAUCCAUGCGCUAUUUUCAUUUUUAUUUUUUUGUUAAAAUAGGUGUGUCAGGGUAAUUGAAGACUCAGUUAGUCUUAAAAAUGUGAUUUAGAGAUAAGACAGUGGUGUUUUAAAAUCUAUAGUAUCUUCAAAAAAUUGUGUAUAAUAACGCAAAUUGCCAUUAAGACUCUUUAUCCGGAAAUUUAAACUUAAACUUAAAAUAGGUUUGCCUUUAUAUAUUUUAGAAUGCGAGAUUGCUAUAAAAUUUAAAAUAUUUUAAUGUCCAGAGCACAUUUUACAGUUAUGUACAAUUGACCUUCUUUCAUUAAAACCCUCCUUUUUCGUCAUGUUAAAGAACAGGAAUUGUAACAUUUCAUCCCAACCCUGCUGAGGUCAUACAAAGACUAUUACAGUGUGCGAGGAUAUUGCGUGGUAAGGUAUAUUGCCGAUUAAUUAUAAAGCAAAGCUUUUUUUAAAAAAAUCCGUAUUUUAAUUAAAAACUCAAUCUUAUCAAAGUGUCUAUUUUUUCUUCCAUAUGUAGGGCUACGUGAAAAGUGAUGACCAUGUUAAAAUUCAGAGCUGUAUCAUCUAAAAGCACCAGCUCUCUAGCACGAGAAAACAGCCCACAUUUCACGACACCACCACUGCACGGUUUCCCGCAUAAAGAGCGCAAAAAUUCCAUACUGAUGACGUAGC